UUAUGUGCCCUAUAAAUGAAGCAAAGCUUCAGGUGCAUCUGAGCAAUUUAUCUGCAUCAAUCCCCAGUAUUACAAGAAUGGCUGUCUCAGUCCUUCGGCUGACAAUUUUUCUGGGAAUCCUUGUCUUAAUCCUGACCUGCCACGCUGCAGAUGACAAAGCAGAAGAAAACUCUGAGAGCAAGCCAGAGGAUUCAGGCAAGAAUCCAGAGCCAGAUUUCCCCAAAUUUCUGAACCAAUUGGGCACAGAGAUCAUUGAGAAUGCAUUCGAGUUCAUCCUCCGUUCCAUGAUGGCCCGGGGAACUGGAUUCUUUGAACUUGGUGAAAACCCAGGAGAACAGCCACCAAAGUGAACUCUCAGGACACACCUAUCUGGCUCCUGGACAAUCUAAGGGCAGCCAAAUCCUGCUUUUCCAGUUCUGCUUCAUAAGUCCUCCAAGGCAGCUUCCAGCAAGUUCCCAGGAUUCAGGCCCGAGUUUCAACCAAACAUUAAAAUCUGAACACUUUGAUUUCACAUUUUCGCUUCUAGAAAAAUCAGAAUAAAUGUGUCCCCUUUGGAGUCACAUACCUUAGCUCACAGGGAAGAAUUUUAUUUAUUGAAAUAAUAUUUCCUGGACAUGUUUAAAGUUUUUAAUGAUGCAAAAAAUAUGGAAUAUAUGUAUGUACAUAAUAUGGGAAAUGUAUAUUUAUAUUCCAUACUUCAUUAGCCAGUAUAAUCAAAGAAUGGGUUGCAGUGAGAAAACUAAAACCCAAAUAAAUUAGCAAGUUCAAGGUCAUAGAGGCAGGAAGUGACAGAAAGAGGAGUUGAAACUCACUUCAAAUAAUAAGCUCUUAAAGCCUGAAAAUAUAUGAAGUUUUUAAAGUUUUACACUUCUAAUUUGGAAAGUCUUCCAAAAAUAUUUGAGCCCACUUUCCUGUGCCAGUAAACAAAAAAAUGACCUGUUUGUCAUUUAAUUCUGAAAGCAACUCAAUUGUAUUUUCAAUAAAUCUUUAGUUUGCCUUUCUGUUUUCACUUGGCCACAGUAGGUUUGCAUGUAGCACAAUGAACCUUUAAUAACAAUGAUGGGUAAAACAAGAAUAAUUGCAUACUAAAUAUUGAAAAAUUUUUGUUAUAUUUAACAAUAAAUUCAAAUAACCCACACAUUGCACUUUUUAGGAAUUUCGCCAAUUUCAAAUGUCAUAACAAUCAAAUUACCUCAGAUAUCUAUUAUAUUCAGCAUCUGACAUAUGGGCUGCUAUUCCCCAACAAAUGUGGUUCCAAAAUCUGUUUUAAGAUCUUUAUUUACAAAUGUGUACCUGGAUAAUAAAUUGGACAUGCUACAACUACA